UAUUGAUAGAGGGCAUAGAAAAAUAUUAUUUUGAAUAAAAGAGAAGUAUUAAAAGUAAUGUUUAAUGCUAUAUCUAAGAAUACAUAUACAAUUUAUGUUCGAAGAUAAUUUAAAGGAAUAUUCUAUAAUUUAAGUAUUUAAGACUAUUAUGUCAGUGCAAAUAUAUGCUAAGGCAUUACAAUUUAUUUACAAAGAAUGCUACUGUUUAAACUACAUAUGUUACUUUAAAAUGAAAAUAAUAAAAAAUGUGUUAAAAAAAUAAAUGUAUUCAUAAGAGGAAUUUCCAAAUUAAAUAAAGAUCAGAUCAUAUAAAUAUGCAGAAUUCAAAGCUUAAUAGAGAUCAUGAUUAUGGAGAAUUAAUAUUAGAAAAUCAUAAAUAUACGACGAAUAUCAACAGUCAAAAAGGUAUGCUUGAAAAUAAUUUAUCGAAAACUGCUUUGAAGCCUAUGAGAAUUGCUUCAACAAUAAAUAAAGAUACAUUAGGUGGACAAGUUAAAGAUAUAAAUGAAUUAAAAAAGAUAACACCUCGUGUAAAGCUUUUGGCUCACGAUGUAAAUAGUUUGAAGGAAUUAACAAAAAUUUCAUUGCAAAAUAAAUCACUGAAACAAGAAAAAAUAUCAAUGUUUGAACAUACAAAGCAGGAAUUGAAAAAGUAUUGUCGAACUUGCGCUGGUUUGAAGCUUCCAUUAGUUGAUAUUUUCAGUGAAAAAGGUAUUCAAAUGAGGCUAAGCCAACAGAUACAACAUUUAGAAGAAAUAAAUCCACAUGACAGUUUAUCUACUCAAAUGUGUAUGGAUUGCAUUUGUGAUUUGAAAAUGAGUUACAAAUUUUUUAUGCAAAUUAAAAAAGCUGAAGUUAAGCUAAAAUCAAUUCAUGUUACAUUAACUGAUACAGUUGCACGUAAUAUAGAAGCAGAAAAAUUGCAAUCUUUAGCUAACAAUCAAAUUAAUCAAAAGCAAAUAGAAGAGACUUAUGAUUGUACUAUGGUUCCUGCACCAAUAGGCAUUGAUAACGAUGAAAAUGUUCCAAAAAUAUCUGCAAUUUAUUCCUUAAAGGAUAUUUUAAACUCAAUAUCUUCAGAAAGUAAAGAAAAAGAGAAUCCUGAUGUAACAUUCAAAACUGAGUCUGACAUUUUUGAAGAUGUUACAGGUGAACAUCAUAGCGAUGAUAACGAAUCGAUAGAAGAAUUUGAUCCAGAUGAUCCGCCAUUUCAACCCGAUAGUUCUGACGCCGCAGAAUCCGAUGAUGAAAUUGAAAGUAGCCACGUAGAUAGAAGACGAAAUGCACAUAAGAAGGAAAAUGUUGAUAAGGCAAAUAAUCAAUCUUUCGUGUUCCAUGAUUCAUCGCGUAAUAAUUUGAUACAGAAUCAGGAUGAUGCUAAUCAAGAUUCCAAUCAAACCGUAUAUAAAUAUGACAUGGCAUUAAAGGCUUAUGUCAAAGUAGAGACUGCGCAGGACAAUAUAUUAAGUUCCAAAUUACAAAUUGGCCCAAAGAUAGAAAUUAAAGAUAAUGAAUUUGGGAAAGACACUCCAAAGCAACCGAAUAUAUUGAAGCGCAGGCUUUUACAGCAAACAAAAAAGGAAGGCUUAGGAAAUAAUGAAGAGCUAAAAUGUACCUCGACUAAUGUAUCUGAUACUAAUGAAAGUCCGAAAGAUCCGAAAAUUCAAAAAUUAGAUAUACAAAACCCAUUAAACAUUAAUGAUCCCCAAGAAGACGGAAUUAUGUAUGUUACUGUGAAAGGUUCUAAACCAAACGAAAUAUUAUUAGUAAAAGUUAAAAAGAUGGAUAAACCAUUUGAAAAGAAAGAUGAUAAAAAUUCAAGUAAAGUAAAAGGUUUUGAUUUUAAACCGGUUGGCAAAAUUUUAAAGAGAUACGAAACUUUAACAACAAAGGAAAAGAAUUUAUUUACAGAACGUACAAAAAAAUUGGAUAAGAGAGAACAGAUUAUAGAAGAACAAAUAGAAGAAUAUAAGAAAAAGCGUGAAAAGGUUUUAGGCAGCCAGUCAAGUUUAACAAUGAAAAAUGAAGAAACGCCAAAUCGAUUUAUUAAACGGGUCGAAAGUUCUGAUGAUCAAAAGCCAGUUAUAUAUGAAGAAAGUAAUUCAAAUUUAAAAGCAGAAUCCGACGUAGACAGUAGUACGAUGAACAGUACUAUUCUCAAAGAUGAAAAUAAUAUUUCAGAUGUUUCAGAUUCUCUGCAAGAUAAGUCAGUCCAAGAAAAAGCAUAUGUGAACACAAAGGAGUAUUUAUCACGUUUAGCAAAACUUAAAUUAAAAUGGGAAGAAGCAAAGAAAAAGAAAGAAUAUUUACAGAAGGAACUUGAUCAGUCUUAUACAGAAGGAAAUAUGGAGAAAUUAUCACGCAUUUUAGGAGAGAAAGAAAAAAAUUUGCUAGAGUUUCAAGAUUAUUUAAAGCAAAGAAAAAUUGUUAUCACCAGAUUAAAAGAUGAAGACAUCAUUUCGCUUUAUGAAGAUAGAAAUAACACAUCUCUCCAAAAAAGUUUACCAGACCUGAUCGAUGAAACAACACCAGCAGAUUAUAUACCAGAGGAACAUUAUUUAGAGUGUGAUUAUUGUCCGGAAACGUUCGCUUCAAAAGAAGUUCUCGAAGAUCAUUUGAAAACGCAUGAUUUCAAAAUUAUGCAUUACUGUGAAGACUGUAUGGAAGAAUUUCCUACAAACAAAGCAAAAAGAAAUCAUAAUGUGGUAUGUUUUAAAAAAUUAUUAUGUAAAUACUGUGAUGUAAUGUUAGAUUCGAAAGGCAAAAAGAGGCAGCACGAGCAAAAACAUUGUGAUAAUAUGUUUGGCCAGUUAUGUGAUAUUUGUGGUGAAAAAUUCAAACAUCAAGGGACAUUGGAUCAACAUGUUAAAACGCAACAUAUGAGCUGGGAAAAAAUUUAUCAAUGUCCAAAGUGUCCAAAAAAGUUUGCUUUCAAACAGAAAUUGAGCUUUCAUUUAAAAUCUGUACACACAACAUUGAGAGCUUAUUUAUGUGAAGAUUGUGGGGCAGACUUUAAAAACCCCGCCAGUCUUAGACAUCAUCGAAUUCGUAAACAUCAACCUGUAGGGAACAAAAGGGAGUGCCCGGUUUGUCAUAAAUUAGUACCAUUUUAUAGCCUUUCAAAGCAUAUGUAUACUCACAAAGCUUACACUAUACAAUGUCCGCAUUGUGAUAAAAUGUUUAAAAAUAGUUCAACGUUGAAACAACAUGUUAGAAUACAUGAAGAUCAACGACAAUAUCGUUGCGAUACUUGCGGCGUUGGAUUUAAUAGGAGGGAUGGAUUAAGGCUCCAUAUGAGAGUUCAUGAAAAAACCGAUAGUAGAGGAUUGAAGGAAUGCUCCUGUCAAGUGUGCGGCGAGAAAUUUCCAAAUCAUUCUACACUUGUUAUACAUAGAAAUCGCGUACACAAAGAUGGAAGGCAAUAUACAUGCCAUAUAUGUAAUAGAUCUAUGAUUUCAACAAGAUCAUUAGAAUGGCAUAUGUCUCAUAUACAUAACGAAUCACUUCCUGGCAUUGUGAAAGAGGCUGUAGAUGGAUUACCAGAAAAGAGAAGAGUUGCUUGUUAUCAUUGCAAUAAAACUUUCAAAACGGAAAUGAUUUUGAGAACACAUAUUAAAAAUACUCAUAUGGAGAAAGAUCCUAUGAAGUGUUUGGAUUGUGAUAUGACGUUUACUUCUGAGGUUAGAUUGAGGCAUCAUAUGAUGGUAACUCAUAAUAGGCUGGAAGGCACAUUGCCGUGUCCUCAUUGUCCAAAACGAUUUGUAAAUCAACUUAGAUUAAAGACUCAUAUGAUAUCUCAUUCUGAGGAAAGGCCGUAUACGUGCGAAAUAUGUGGUUUUAACUUAAAGACAAAGAUACAACUCAUCAAGCAUCAUCAAAAUAGACAUAGCGACGAAAGACCUUUACAGUGUAGAUACUGUCCUUGGAGGUGUAAACAAGUAAGCGCGCUUGUUUGUCAUGAAAGAACUCAUACAAACGAACGACCAUAUUCGUGUAGUGUUUGUAGACAACGUUUUAAGUAUUUGGGUGAUAAGAACAAACAUGAAAGACGUCACGAAAGUUUAGGAGGAUCUGGAUUUAAAAGAAUAGUACCUGGCAGAAAUAUUAAGCACUCGAAGGUUCAAGAAGAAACCUCUUGUUCUGAACAAGAACAGGAAGAACUGACGCGUGUAAAUGCACAGCUUACGGAAGGUCAAUACGAAGAACAAUCAAGUCAACCAUUUGAAGAAAAAUUUGUGAAAGAACAAAUUGUCAAAUUUGAAGAACCAGAAAUUACAGAAGAAUACGAGCAGGUCUAUGAACAGGAUUAUGAAGAGACAUCGAGGGAAGCUUCCGAAGCUGCAGAAGUUAUCAUGAACAUGGAGGAUACCACUGUGUAUACAGAAGAAGUAACCGCAGACAACAUAGAAUCUGCAGAAAUAAUGGCAGAUGAAAUGAUGACAAAUGAAAUUUUACAGAGUGGAACUGUAGUACAUUUACAACAACAAGAUGAUUCUGGAAAAAUUCAAGUUAUUCCUGUAAUGUUAUCUUUACCUGACUUAUCUGAUACGAACGCAGAAGUCAAUUUAGCAACGGCAUCUAUAAUGUAUAACAAUUAAAAGGAAUGAUUUGACUAUUUAUGAUUAUGAUAAAAUCGUAUUUGUAAAGAAACAUUUUGUGGUUCUAGGUAAAAUUGUAUUGUGCUUUCUCUCUAAAGGAAAGUCACAUUCCUGUAAAAUAAAUUCAGGAUAUUUUCUAUAUUAAAGUAAUUAUACGAAUAAUGACUACAUAUAAAGUGUGAUAUUUGCGUACUCUGUAACAUAAAAAACGGUUUUUCACUGCUAAAGUAGCAGUUUUGUAAGGUUAUACAUAUAAAUAUAUGUUAACAAUGUAAAAUACGAUGAAA